CAUUAUGAGAUCUGAGGUUCAAAUCUCGAUAAAAUCGAGAUAAAUGUUUCCCUUAUGCGUUAAUCACUAUUCCAAAUGUUUGUAGUUGUCCGUGAUUUAUUUUCUCUGUGUUGAUCCUGAGAUGAAUUGGCAGGAGCACUGGGACGAAUGUAUUUAUUUUUUGCCACUAUGUAAGUAAAUAAAAUCUAACCGAAUUUUAUCUUUGGUUGUUAAAUUUAGAAAAGGAAAGAAUAGUUGGAAUAAAUUAAUCAUUUAGAGUCGAAGAAUGUUGGUACUUGAGAAUUUAGGUUGCGUCUGAAAUUCAGAUCGUGACCGUCAAUAGACAAUCCAAUGGCGGCUCUUCGCUUAGAAUUAAAGAUAUCGUUGCUUCCUUGUCCAAGGGGAUGAGCAGAUGAAAGGAUGGCAACCGUAGCAGUCGCAUCUCCGUUCCAGCUCCUCCUCGUCUCGCCUCCCAAAUUCUUCUCCACCCACAAUCUCUACCUCAAUGGAAGGAGAAGCGCUCCACUCUCCUCUCCUCCUCUAUCUCCGAGGAGGAGAAGACCUGGGGGCGGCGAUUGGUUCCAAAGCUCUCGAUUUGGGCGGAUUGCAGCCGUCGCGGAAGAAGCUCCGCCGCCAGCUGCGGACGCAGCAAUCGAGAAGGCUCAGCAGAUGAUCCCUGCCGCCGCCGCCGAGGACAGCGCUGCAUCCGCCAUCAUCUCUAUUCUCCUCUUCGUCGCCUUCGUCGUUCUCUCCGUUCUCACCAUUGGGGUGAUCUACCUGGCGGUGCAAGAUUUCCUGCAGAAGAGAGAAAAGGACAAGUUUGAGAAGGAAGAGGAGGAGGAGAAGAAGAAGAAGGGAGGUAAGAAGGCAAAGGUGAAGGCAAGGCCUGGCCCAAGAGGCUUCGGCCAGAAGGUUGAAGAAGAUGAAGACUAGUGAGCGUUGAGAUCGUCCAUCAAUUGUGCACAUUGCAUUUUGUCUAGUCUAGUGAGUGACCUUAAAGUUAAGUGGGUGUUUGUUCUUCAAGUUAAGUGUGAUGGAUUUUGAGACUUGGAAUUUCCUCUUUUUUUAAUGAAGUUCACUUUGAUCUU